CUUUGCCCGGAUGGUGACCCGACAUUCGCCAUUUUGUUUUGCGCCUUUAUCUCGAUGUAAAUAUCUCCGAAGAUCUGUCGAGAUUUUAUAGUCACCAGGAGUCUUAGAGACCGAUAAACACCAUAAACCUACAGGUUUAUGCUGUUCCAGGUUGCGGCGUCCCUCCCUUGCAACCAGAGAGAAGCUAGCCUCAGAUUCGGCACCGCUGUCAUACGCAGAAAAAAAUGGAAGAUUCCAGCUGUGAACAUUAUACUGGAGACCUGUGUGUUGGGCAUCCUGGGAAGGAGAUGGACAAUCCUGAACACCCUGGGAAGGAGAGUGGCAGCAUGGAGACCCAGACAACAGACAUGGGCCUGCAGCAUGGAACGUGUGAUGUGAACUUUCCCCAACCUGACAACACAUCAACCUCACAGGUACAGGAGAGCAGAGGCGAUAUGAAAAGGCAUGUGGUUAAAAACACUGGUGAGAAACCCUACAUGUGUGGGGAGUGUUGGUACAGGGUGGCUCAAAAGUCCGACUUAUCUCGACACAUGAGAACCCAUACAGGAGAAAAACCCUACAAGUGUGACCAGUGUGACUAUUCUGCUGCACGAAAAUCCACUUUGGACAACCAUACAUUAGCAAAACACAGUGGCGAGAAACCCUACAUGUGUGGGGAGUGUGGGUACAGGACGGCUGACAGGUCUACUUUAUGCCGGCAUAUGAGAACCCACACAGGAGAAAACCCCUACAAGUGUGACCAGUGUGACUAUUCUGCAGCAGUGAAAUGCAAUCUAGACAAUCAUAUAGCAUCAAAACACACCGAGGAGAAACCCUACAAGUGUGACCAGUGUGACUAUUCUGUAGCACGCAAAUCCCACUUGGACCGACACCUAAGAAAACACACCGGCGAGAAACCCUACAUGUGUGGGGAUUGUGGGUACAGGACAGCUAAGAAGUCCCACUUAUCCCGACACAUGAGAACACACAGUGGAGAUAAACCCUACAAGUGUGACCAGUGUGACUUUUCUGCAGCACAGAAAGUCCAUUUGGACUCCCAUCUAGCAAAACACACAGGUGAGAAACCCUACAUCUGUGAAGAGUGCGGGCACAGAGCAGCUCAAAAGUCAAACUUAUUGGUACAUAUGAGAACGCACACUGGAGAAAAACCCUACAUGUGUGGGGAAUGUGGGCACAGAGCAGUUCAAAAGUCACACUUAAUGGUACAUAUGAGAACGCACACUGGAGAAAAACCCUACAAGUGUGACCAGUGUGACUAUUCUGCUGCACAGAAAUCCACCUUUAACCGACAUUUCGGAAAGCACACCAGUAAAAAGACCUAGAUGUGCACACUGUGUAAGAACAGGGCAACUCAAAUGUCUAAAAAGUCAAGUAUAUAAGAACCCACAGAGGAGAAAAAUCAUAUAUGAGUUAUCAGUGUAACUUCUUUUCAGCUAGGAAAUCUCACCGUUAUCUACUUUUCAUAUAUACCAAAGAAGUACGAAAAAGUUGAGUGUGACAAGUGUACAGAAAACAGAUUUACCUACAUAGAUUCUUGACCUUCCAUGGCGGGGUGGGUUUUCGGUGCGGAGGGCAAGGUAGUCAGGAGGUGGAAAUACGUAUGGAGGAAUAAUAAAUAGAAAAAAAAA